AUGGAAGCAGCGGAGGAAACUCUCACUUACCGAGAUGACACCGGACUUCACAGGAAGCUGCUCCGAGAGGACAAACAUAAGGACAACACAGACAGUAAGGGGCACUCCGAGACAAAAAGCAAGGAGUCUAACUAUGUGGAUCUGGACAUGAAACCGGACGGCGCAAAAACAGUGAAAGUAACGUUCACUGGCGAGGGAAACCAACUGUCUGUCAUCAAAUGUGACAGUGUGAGGCAGGGAGAGCAUGGCACCGAGGGUAAAAUCAUUUCAGAGGACUUUGUUGAAGAACAAUCGGAGGACAAGUGGGCCACCGACUGCGGCCCUGUUUCGGGUGAGCCUCUCUUGGAAACUCUGACCAAACUUCCCAACACUGACACAGAGGCUGACAAGCAGCGCCAGCAGGCCGAGCUCGACCCGAGUGACUGCAGUGAACAUGUGUGCAGUGAGAGUGAUGAGCUCCAGUACACGGACAUGUAUCUGAACAGCAAAACUGAGUCGGAUGACGGUGCCAGCGCGGUGUUGUCCGACCACUGCGGCUCCGACACCUUGGAGGACGAGUCUCACUAUAUCACGACGCACGAAAUCCAGUUGACCGAGCUCGACCACGAUGUAGAUUACGACCUGGGGCGUGGGACCUGUUGGGAUUUUGAAGACGAUAACUUGGUUUAUUCCUUUGUGGAUUACGCCUCGUUUGAAAGCGAUGAAACACAGGAGGGGACUUUGAUACUGGAGGGCAUGAGCCAAGCGAAAGUGCAGUCUAAUCUUUGUGGAGCACUUGUCAGCACCGAACAGGAGGAGAGUGAUCUUUGUGACUCGGACAAAGGCGCCAGUUCAGAUGAGAGCGUAUGCAAAAACGAAAGCAGAGACGUCAAUACGGGAAAAAUUCAUUUAUCUAUAAAAACCUCCUCCAGGGCGGUGAACGAACCGGCCAAUAUCUUUGAUAACAACACGUGUGGAUACGCGAAAGACUUUGGAGACAGGAGCCACUUCUCUUUUGUGAGCUCUGGCGCCAGAGCAGGGCCCUUGUGCGAUAGAGCCCAGUAUUUCAUCCCUGCACCGGGCCGUCAGCACCUUGCAACCAAACUAAGACGGAAAGAUAUUAAUGAGUAUUCCAGCGGAGCGUCCAGCUCUAUUAGCGAGCUGGAUGACGCUGAUAAAGAAGUGCGUAAUUUAACCGCCAAGUCUUUCCGGAGCUUGGCAUGUCCAUACUUCGAUGCCAUCAAUCUUAGCACAUCCAGUGAGUCCUCUAUGUCGGAAUAUGGGCUUAACAAGUGGUCAGCCUAUGUGGACUGGAAUUAUGGAAACAUAUCGCGGGGGAAAGAGCAAAGCGUAAUUGCUUCCAGCGCAACAUUGGAAAUGAAUAAGACUGUAGACAGUAAGAGGCAUAGUAAGUCCAUCGCCAGUUCGAGAUCAUCACAAACUAAAAUGUACGCGCUGAAUAAGAAAACAACUUCUCAACAGGCUUCAUCUUCGAGCAAAAAGAUUGAACUGAGUGAUCCCGUUCAUCCAAAGCAACGGGGUGUCACGCUGAAUUUCCGCUGCAAUGUUGCACCUGAAGGAGCGAAGCGUCCAAAGUGCUCCAAGAACGCACGGUCCAGUGAAGUUACUGGGGCUGACUUUUCCCGAUCAGGUUGUGAGGUGCAGUAUCAACACCAAGACAGUACGGGGGAUACACAGAAAAGGGCAAGUUUUGCAUCAAGUCUACUGAAAAAUGUGAUUUCCAAAAAGAUGCAAUUUGAACAGGAGCGCAAAAUGGAGAGGGGUGCAAUAUGGGGCAAAUAUAGGGGCGUGGGAAGGGGCUUACAAAGGCAGACGUCAGAAUCAGGCUCAGGAUACACUGUGAAUUCUGCUGAUGAUCAACAUCUGGAGGACAGCAGGGCGAGUUCCUGUGAGCCUGCAGAGGAACAGAAAAGCAACAAAGCACCAGAUGAUUCAGAAAACGGACAAUAUGAGAAGAAGGAACCCUGUGAUCCUCCAAAAGCACAACUCAGCCACAGUCAAAGUAGUGCAUUUAAUUCAUGGAAAGAGGAUGAGCCAAAUCCUAUAAAAGAGGCUGAAGUCUCCGUAGCUGUAAGUGACAUAAAGGACACCACAGCAAAGGAAGAAUUAGAUACCAACAGCAUGCUAACAAAACUCAUUUUUGUUCCAAGCUGCCAGCUUCUUUCAAAAGAGAAUGAAUUUACACAAGACUUGUCGAGAAAUACACCUGCCACAGGCACACCUGCCGGCCCACAGAAAUGUGAGAAAGUGUUCAAAACGGGUAAUAAUGGAAACAUAGUAGGCAAAGAAGAAAAUGAGAAGGGUGGGAAAACACCUGAGAUAAAAAUAUGCCUGAGAAGUGUGAAAGAAAAUAAAGGGUGCACACUGAACAUUGCAAACCUUUUAACCCCUAAAAUAAGUUACAACACUGUUAACACCUUUAGAGCAGCAGGUGAAGCCAAAUGCCACAUUUUGUCUGCGUCAGAUAAGAUCCCAAACUUCACCGUUAGAGACAUAAGAGACACCAAAUGCAAGUUUCAAACUCCCAUAUACCAUGUCAGAGAUGUACGUAAAUUGGUAAAAAGUUCAUAUCGCUUUGUUUCUUUGGAUAAUAGUUCCACUGGGCCUUCAGCAGCAGGGGAUAAACCUGAUGAGAAGGCCAAAAAGGAGCCUGUACAGCUUUCAUUACCAUCUCCUAUUGUGAUUAAAUGCCACUCUGUAAAAACAAAUGUCAAAUCAGAAAUAAACAAAGCAUCACAGAAACAGACAGAGGGAAAUAUCCUGUCUGAAACACCUCAAAAUGAAAAUGCACCUUCACAUUGCACAACUAGCAGGGUGCCACCUCUUGUAGCCAAGCAGCUAAAUCCUGACCAAUCAGAAAUUCAAACAAAUACUGAAAGCAAAGUGACAAAACAGAAGCAGGAAAAGUUUUCAGGUGAGAUAGCUGAAAGGAGAAAUGAGCCUAAAAUACCAAAACAGGCAGCAUUAGAGAAACUUAAAGCUGCAGUAAAAACAAUGGAGCAGCUUUAUGUUUUUGAUAGAAAUGAAUGGAAGCGUAAAACUCAAGCUCCACAACCCAUCACUGACAGCCACGUGCUUUCACUUAUUGCCCGUGAGGAGCAGGGAGCAGAGGAGCUGGAGGCGACAGCAGGGAGAGUAACAGACCCCGAUACACACACUGACAGGAUCCCUCAGUCUUUGAUAAACACCACAGAGACAAGCAAAUCACAAGAAGUUAAAAGAUCUCUGAAUAUCAUUCACGUUCCAUAUAACAACAACACUUUCAAAACACAGUCACAGCAAAGUAAAACAUUCAGUAACAAGAGUGUCCUUCAUUUUGGCAACAGUAAUAAGGCACGUUUCAGCAUAAGUUCAGUUAGUAACCCUGUUCCUCAAAGCUCUGUGCUGCAAACAUCAGCAACUAUGAAAAGCUCCAAGACACCGGUGGCUCCACUGUCAGUGAAAAUAGAGCCCCCCAAAAACAGGCAGAUGGAGCAGAAAAAGGUCAAAAUCAGCCCAACAAAUCCCACAGUCACACAGGGCAGCUCAGACUCCGAGAACUAUCUCACCAUACCCGGGCUGGGGUAUAAGAAUGAAAUCAAACUGCUGAAUCGAGAGCCGGUGUCCAAGGAGGCAAUUUCAAACAGUAGCCAAACACACACAGGUGACAGCAAAAAGUCACCGUUAAUCAUGGAGUACCCAGCUUCAAGUGUUUACCACCACCCAGCAGCAGCAGCAGUAGCGACAGCAGGCUCUCAAACACAGCAGGUGUUGUGUUUCUCUCCCACUGUCACCACUGUGUCACCCACACCUUCGACCGGAGAGACAUCACAGCGCAAGAUGCUUUUGGACCCGACUACCGGACAUUAUUACCUGGUGGACACUCCCAUACAACCCACCACAAAGCGACUGUUUGACCCCGAGACAGGCCAUUAUGUGGAUGUACCCAUGCCCCAUUCACCCGCAGCACCUGUCACCCCUAUCACCCCUAUGCCUCUUUCUUUGUCCCCAGUGGCACUGAGCCCAGGAGCAUACGCCCCAACAUACAUGAUCUACCCGGGCUUCAUCCCCUCACCGACUCUGCCAGCUCAGGCGGUGUUGCCACAGUCACAGUGUCACUCUGAGGAUGCAGGCAGGGAAAAGCUGAAAAGCGCCAGAGGUCCUAAACAGGAAACUAACCCAACAGGCGGCGAGAGCAUGUAUUACACUGCAACAGGAGAGGCUCCCCUGCAGCUGCCUGUGAGUUUGGGACAUGUGAGCGCCAGAGGAAGUGCAGCGAACGCUGACAGGAAGCCAGUUAUCAGCAUCACCACGCAACAAGGUCCAAGAAUCAUCGCCCCUCCUUCCUUUGAUGGAACAACAAUGAGCUUUGUAGUGGAGCAUCGGUGA